AUGAAGCUCUUGUACCCCCGUGCUGUCUUCGUCACUGGCGUGCUGUCCGCUGUUUCAGACAGCGCUUUGGAAAGCAACGAACCAGAGGCUGCGGCACCUGUUGCUCGUGCACACGAGCACACGACGGUCAAGAAAUUACUAAGGACCGAUUCUGUUGUCGAAGAUGAGCAAGAAGAACGAGUUUUUUGGGGAUUCAUGGACGAUGUCUUGAACAUAGCAGCUCAAAGCGUGGAUACUGCUGUGGGGACUGCCAUCGAUGUCAUUCCCCGUGCUGUUGACGAUGUCGUGAGCGCUAUCGACGAUGUUUAUCAUGCUGUGGAUAAUGCCGUGGACGCCGCCAUGGAUGCGGAACCUUCUAUUCGAGCAUCUGCAACACACCGAAGCUCAGCGCACGUCCCCGUUCCACAUGCACGUGCUAGAGAAGUGUCGCACUCGUUCCCAGUCGCUAUAGAAAGGCUGGAUGAUCUUAAGUCAGAAGCCAUCAGCAUUAUUUUGGAUCACCGUUCCAAUUUGGCGUCCCCUCCCCAUUCGGUCGAGUAUACAAUCAAAUAUCUGGACAAAUUUACCCCGUUCGAAGGGGCAUAUGUGAUGCAAGCUGUUAAGUCGCAUGGGGAGACGACUGAUAAGGUGCUCAAAUGGAUGCGUUCGGUGGAAGAUUCUCAGCUGCAAAGGAUGAGAGAGGAAAACGUUCGCCCUGACGAACUUCGAUCAUCGUGGCUUGAGCCAGUGCGGGAGAAUGGCGUGGAGUAUCAUGAGGAGGUUGUGGAAGCUGUGAUAAACGAUUUCGCGACCUAUUUGGCACGGGCGGAUGUACAUCUCCAAUGA